AUGUUUGAAAUUUUGAAAUAUAAUUUAGAAUUGUGUUAUCUAUUAAAAAGAAAAAAAAUGAAAAGAUUCGGCAUUUUGAUAUUGUUGUCAAUAAUGUUGUGUUCACAUGCGCAACAGCCGGAUAAUGAACCAAUAAACAGUGAGAAUCUUUCGAAGCGGGAAAUAUUUGAACAACAAGAAGUUGAAUUAUUUAAGAAACUAUUUGUAAGACGACGAAAUGAACAUAAUGAGGCUGUUAAAAGGAUAAUGAGAAUUGAAAGUUACGAGAAACGAUAUAAAAUGUUAUCAGUAUUGAUUGAAAAAGUAUACAAUGUAAUAGAUACAAAACGACAAAUUUUAGAAAAAGCCAAAUUUGUACCUAAUGUUUUGUUUAAAGAAACUCCAGAAGUGAAAGAUGCACUUUCUGGAAUUCUUGAGAAUACAGCACUUUUUGGUGAUGUGGUUUUACAUUUUCCUGAUAUAAUGCAAAGAAUAUUGAAACAUCAACCAAUGUGGCAUUCAUUAAUGAAAUGGUCAUUUAGUUUUGUCAGUCAAAUGAGACAUCUUUUGGAUAAAUCAACAUUUACGAGACUUCAUUUAGCUGAACAGGAACUUCAUUUUAUUCCAAGGAAUUCUGAUUACAUUAAUCCUUAUUGGACAAGUCCUGCUGAAGAGGCAAAUAAUAAAAAAGCAGCGUCAAAAAAAGAAAAACGAAAAAAAGAACCGAGAAUCACAAGAAUUGAAUUGUAAAUAUUCAAAAUUGACUUUUAAGAAAAAAUUAAUUAUUUUUUAAUUUUUUUAUUUUAAUUAAAUUGAAUUUUUUGUAAUUUUACAUUAAAAGCUAAACCAAAAAAUGAAUUUAAAAAAAAAAAAAUAAUUUAUAGAUCGACUUUUAACUUUUUUAAAUUUAUUUUAUUGUAAAUUUUGUUGUAAUAAUUUUAAAUAUUAAUGAAAUAGUUAAUAAAUUUUUGAAGACUGAAU